AUGGCGGCGGCGCGGCCGGCGCGGGCCCGGGCCCUGCUGCAGCAGAGCGUCUCCGCUCGCCUGCAGGUGCGGCCGCCCGAGAGCGGCUCCGAGGCGCAGUGGGUGGAGAUCCAGAGAGGGCUUGUUAUCUACAUAUGCUUCUUCAAAGGUGCUGAUGAGGAUCUUGUCCCAAAAAUUGUCGAUACGCUGUUGAAUGUUAAAUUAAGUGAAAAUGAAAACGGCGAGUUUGUCUCUGUUCUUGAUUUACCCGGCGACGUACUCAUCAUACCACAAGCUACCCUAGGUGGUAAACCAAAGGGAAGAAAGAUGCAGUACCAUGCAAACAUUGAAAAAGAAAAAGGGUUGGAACUUUAUUCUCAGUUUGUGACUCUGUGUGAAAAAGAACUGGCUGCCAAUGCCAAAUGCAUGGAGGCCGGUGUUCUUGUCAAGCAUGGCACAUAUGGAAACAGGCAGGUGUUAAAACUGGAUACAAAUGGACCUUACACUCACCUGAUUGAAUUUUGAAAAAAUAAAUUGUAUCCCAAAUACA